AUGAAUGUCUAUUAUCAAAAACACUGUCUGAUGGACCCCAUUACUCCCAGCGUCAUGUUCGGGGGUCUCUUUACCGGUCUCAGCGUGGCACAGGGCAUGCCGUUUUCGCCACAACUGGCCAUGUUCAACAUGGGUGGGAUUUACCUCUACAAUACACUCCAAUGCCCCAUGGUGGCCAUUCAAGGGCGAGAGUCGGCGUGGCACAAUGCAGCAUCGGGCGCCAUUUUGGGAUAUGUUGGAGUUAUGCGGUACAACCUAAGUGUUCCCUUUGUGGAUCCAAUGUUCUUUUACCGAAACCCACAAUUCCCAAAACCCUUCGUGGGGGCCAUGGCGUAUGGGGGGAUGGGACUGGCAUUUGCCAUGUUGGGGAACAAGCCAUUUUGA